UAUUCACAGUCUGUCCGACUGAGUGUGGCUUCCAGCUCAGGGAAGUGUAAGACACUUGUGGUCGAGAAAUAUUCUCUAUUUACCACAAAUCUCCAGCGUUCACACGACCGAGAAAAAAUGGAAUAACAAUGACCCAGGGAUUCGGCUUCCCAGCUCUCCAAUGGCCACCGGAUUCUAGAAUGUGCAAGGACCACUGGUCCAGCUGGUUAUGUCCACCAUAAUGGUAGACGCCGUUGGUGACUUCUGUUCUAUGACGCCAUUGGAUGAUGACGACCUAGGAAGCCCUUUAACUGGAGAAUUUCUCCAAAAUAUUGGUGACAUCCAGGACAUCUCCCAGACCGAUGUUUGUGCGGCUUUCAGUGCCGUGGAGUACCAGUACUUGGGAACCAGCCCUGGGUCAAAUGGCUCUGUUAGCACAGACCUUACAGACACCCUGUCACCAGCAUCAAGUCCGUCUUCCAUCACCUUCUCCGCUGCCGCUGGAGGCGCCGAGGAGCAGCCUUGUAAAACAUUGAGUCUUGAAUGCAGAGUGUGCGGAGACAAAGCGUCAGGAUUUCACUAUGGUGUUCACGCGUGUGAAGGCUGCAAGGGUUUCUUUCGAAGAACAAUACGUCUGAAUUUAGUGUAUGAUAAAUGUGAACGAAUGUGUAAAAUUCAGAAAAAGAACAGAAAUAAGUGUCAAUAUUGCCGGUUUGAGAAGUGCCUUGGCGUGGGAAUGUCACAUAAUGCAAUACGUUUUGGGAGGAUGCCAAGAUCAGAGAAAGCAAAACUCAAGGCUGAAAUUUUAACGUGUGAACAAGACCUCAAGGAUUCGCAAAUGGCUGACCUCAUGUCCCUUGCCAAACAUAUUUAUGAUGCUUAUCUGAAAAAUUUUAACAUGAACAAAGUAAAAGCAAGAGCGAUCCUCACUGGGAAAGGUAGCAAUCCUCCGUUCGUCAUACAUGAUAUGGAAACAUUAAGUAUUGGAGAAAAGACUCUGGUCGCAAAGCUUGUUGCCAACGGGAUACAGAAUAAAGUUGCAGAAGUCCGAAUUUUCCAUUGCUGUCAGUACACAUCUGUUGAAACUGUAACAGAACUUACUGAAUUUGCCAAAUCUAUACCGGGCUUCACCGAAUUGGACCUAAACGAUCAGGUGACUUUGUUAAAAUAUGGUGUCUACGAGGCCAUGUUUGCCAUGCUAGCUUCGGUAAUGAACAAAGACGGGAUGCUGGUGGCUUAUGGGAACGGUUUCAUAACACGAGAGUUUUUGAAGAGUUUGAGGAAGCCGAUCGGAGACAUGAUGGAACCAAAAUUCGAGUUUGCCAUGAAGUUCAACGCCCUGGAGCUAGAUGACAGCGAUAUUUCCCUAUUUGUAGCUGCUCUUAUCUGCUGUGGAGACCGCCCAGGACUGGUGAAUGUAGCCAGCAUCGAGCAAAUACAGGAGAACCUGGUUCAUGUCCUGAAGCUGCAUCUGCAAUUGAACCACCCGGACGAAAGCUUUCUGUUUCCCAAGCUCCUCCAGAAAAUGGCAGACUUGCGUCAGUUGGUAACAGAACAUGCUCUCAUGGUACAGACAAUCAAAAAGACUGAAACAGAUGCAGCACUGCAUCCCUUAUUGCAAGAGAUCUACAGGGAUAUGUACUAAGGACUUACAGAUAUCUAUAUAUAUAUUUUUUCACAGUUUUUUUGCAUUAGAGUUGGGCAAAGCGAUCAUUUAACACCCCUUCCCACCACACUUGUUCUGAUAAACAGUAGUGCCUUUUGUCUAUUGCAAAAAAAAAAAAGGAAAACAAAGAUAUACGUACUUUGUUCUUUAAAUCUCACACGGAGACGUCACACACUACAGGAUCACGUUAUUUUAUUUUUGUAUAGUUUCAAUCUAUUUUUUUUAAAGAGUAAUAGCCGUGUGAAGCAAUCGCCCUUUCCGUUGACCAUAUUUUGGAGGUAGUACUCAGGUCCAUUAUCAGCGUGUAAUUGUUUGUGCUUCCAGGUUUCCAGGGAUAGAAAUGUAAUAAUUUUGGUAACCUUUGUCCAUUUAACCCACUUUAUUGUUUCAGAAAAGUAUCAUGGCUGAGAUCCAGAACAGACAAGAGGCCAAGCCCUACUCUCAAUCCUGAGGGCCACCUCAGGUCACCAGGUGCUUUACAAAGAAGACUUGUAGAGGUCAAAUAGAAGACUUGCAGGACCUCACAUAUUCUCUACAGGUCGACUAAUUUGCCAUGUUAGGAGUUGGAGAAGGAUCAAAUGGAACUGCUUUGCUGUUGCUGGGCAGUAUUUAGUGUAUACUCAAGCAGCUUUUCCAAGGAAAAUGUUGAUGAAUGUUUCCUUAUUCUCUUUCCCAACGUGGAAAAGAAAUGUUAAAUUUCCUCAAACAUCGGCCUUUCCCCAUGUUAAUCAAGAAGUAAGAUGCUACACGUUGCUGUCAGUUAAUCGAAGUGUGAUGUACAAUAUUGGUGUUUAUCUAACAUGUUGAGUUUUGUAAGUACCUGGAAACUUUCAAAAUAAGCUGAGCCUGAGAUUUUUCAGAAGAUUAACUUCCUAGUAACCCAUUGCGAAGAUUGAUUGUAGCUCCUGGCUAAUAGUUGUUAAAGAGGAACUAAUUACUUUGGUGGUAAUGGCACAUUUUAAUAGUUAUUGGGAAGUAAUCCUGUGUAUUUUGCUUGUAUCCGAUACACAGCCUAUCACCCUGACGUGCUGCAGAGGUUAAUAUUAAGUUUUAAUAUGAGAUUUAUGAAAACCCUAACUUUUUACUAUUUAGAGAUAUGUUACGUGAAAUAAUGAAAGGUUGUAAUGUAGCUGACUAAAUUUAAAUCAAAGUCUGUUAAAAAAAAUAAAAAUGGCCAAUGGGGUCUAGGAUAUUUUAAAACCAGACAUGCUGGCUCUCUCGUACUAAGAAGUAGAUUUAAUUUUGCAAAGUCAGUGGAAAUUUUUAAAUGUUUGUAAUAUUUAAUAAUCUUGCAAAAAUGUAGUUUUUCUUUUUCUAUUUGUGUCGAUUGUUCCUGCCCCAAGGUAAAGGAAUGUAAGUAAACUAACGUGUAUGUUUAAUACACACAUUGCUUCAAAGGGCUGAAAAAAAAAAUGUCAACAACAUUUUUAUUGCAGUCAAAGGGGGAAAAAAAUUCUCUUAGCUGAAUAUCAACAUUUAUCUUUAUUACAGCAAACAUUGCGUACCAAACAUUUUCCAAGCUAGAGUUAUAUUUGGCAAGCUGAUCUAAUGUUAAGUACGUUGUGUUUACUUUUGAGCAAAUAUCUGCCCCCUUGUGUGUAUAUAUAUAUAUGAAACAGAACAUUUUUGAUAUUACUACAAUUUGACAUAUUUGGAGUAUGCAAUUUUAAUCAAGGGUACUUUAAAAAUACUUUUUUCUUUCUCAUCUUGAUUCAUCAGAUAAUGUCGUGUUACUGUAUAAUCAUUUCUUCAUAGUAGAAGCUACAUCACAACUGGCUAGUUUUCUUCAUUAUCAUAGCAGGACAGGUAUCUAGUAACAAAAACCAGGCAGAAGAUAUACAACUCACAAACCAGCAAGGGAAUCGGUAAACAUAAUAUCAAAGGACAAGAAUCAGAGAAAGAAAAAUAGCGGCACAUACAAGCACUUUUAACAGAAUCCUCAACAUGAAGGUCGGCCGACCUGCCUUCCAAGUCGGCACCAUAGGAGAAAGGAGACCUAUAUUGUACAUACUGUAUAGCAUAAAGUUUUCAAACACACUUAAUUCAUUCGUGUUGAAAACCUCAAAUCUCACAUUCAUUUUUUUUGUGCCUGAAAAUAAAGGACACUUUAUAAGUUUUAUAUCUGCUGAAGACAUCUGUGAGAUGAAAUGUUUAGGGCCGGUGUAUCAGGUGGAGGAGCUUCAAC